CAUUGUAUAAAAGCCAAGAUGACAGCCUGAGAGGACGGAGCUCUUGUUCGGGCACUCUCCCAGAAGGAUGCAGAAAAGGGGCUGACCCAACAUACUGAAGAGAAUUCCCUCCAGUUCCCUCCUCCAUCCUGAUUCCACGUGCCUCAAAGAUGGAACCACGUUUACUGAUGUUGGGGUUUCUCUCAUUCACCAUAGUUCCCAGCUGGCGGGCAGAGCUGUGUCUGUAUGACCCACCAGAGGUCCCCAAUGCCACAUUCAAAGCCCUCUCCUACAAGAAUGGCACCAUCCUAAACUGUGAAUGCAAGAGAGGUUUCCGAAGACUAAAUGAGCUGGUCUAUAUGCGUUGUUUAGGAAACUCCUGGAGCAACAACUGUCAGUGCACAAGCAACUCCCGUGACAACUCAAGAGAGCAAGUUACACCUCAACCUGAAGACCAGAAAGAGCAACAAACCACAGACAUGCAGAGAUCAACACAGUCUGUGCACCCAGAGAACCUUACAGGUCACUGCAAGGAGCCCCCUCCUUGGGAACAUGAAGAUACCAAGAGAAUCUAUCAUUUCGUGGAAGGACAGAGAGUUCACUACAAGUGUAUGCAAGGAUACAAGGCUCUACAGAGAGGUCCUGCUACCAGCAUCUGCAAGAUGAUGUGUGGGAAAACAGGGUGGACUCAGCCCCAGCUCACGUGUGUAGAUGAAAGAGAACACCAUAGAUUUCUGGCUAGUGAUGAAUCUCAAGGAAGCAGAAAUUCUUUUCCUGAGAGUGAGACUGCCUGUCCCAUCAGCACCACAGACUUCCCACAACUCACAGAAGCAACUACAACAACGGAAACCUUCGUGCUCACAAUGGAGUAUCAAGUAGCAGUGGCCAGCUGCAUCUUCCUGCUCAUCAGCAUCCUCCUCCUGAGUGGGCUUACCUGGCAACAUAGAUGGAGGAAGAGUAGAAGAACCAUCUAGCAAGCCAGAAAAGUCAGAGCCCAAGGGAAGCUGAUGGGAAAUCAUGAAGCUCAAGCAAAAUCUGAGAAGACAAACAUUCACUCAACAGGUGUUUCCCUUUGAUCCCUUGGGUUCUAGAAAGUUCUGAAGUCACAGGACAUAACAGCACAUCAGGAAACAUCAUCUCCAUUACUAAACUGGACAUUGCCACUGAGGAAUAGGAUCUAACCAUUUCAGUACAGCAGUUCUAAAGCUUUAAUGGGAGAGAGGGCUCAACAGUGCUCUGUGUGUUUUGUUUUCGUGUAUGUAUGUUAAUGGGAGCUGAGGUGGCGUGGCCACUUUUCAUGCAAUAUAUAUUAUAGAGAAAGUAGCUUUAGGUUGACUUCACUGUUAAGACCCAGUUUGGAAAGCCCAAGUAAAGGCCAGUACUAAUGUAAAUACUCCCUCUCCCCCCUCUUCCUCCCCUCUCUUUUUCCUCCUCCUCCUCUUCCUCUUCUUCUUUCUCUUCCUCCUUCUCCUCCAUCUCCUCUUCCUCUUCCUCCCCUGUCCCUACCCACCCCCACCCAUCCACUUUCCUUCUUCCUUUCUGGUCUUACAAACUCAUCCUAGCUAUGUGCGUGGCUGGCUUUUUUCUCAACCUCUGUUUGCCUAACCGGUUCUCCUGAUUUCAUCAGUUACUGAUCAGCCUUUAAAACUCUGGGCUGGCAAAAAUGACUCCAUGUUUUUAGCUCAAUCCCAGAAGGAAACCCCCUUUCAUUGAAGCUUCGGUUUUGACAUCCUGAAGAACAGAAACCGUGGUGGAACAAUUUUUGGAUAACAUCAAAACAAAGUGGAGAAGCUGUGGGAACUGUGGAGCUUCAAUAUUCAGAAGCCUGUGUCUAGGGUCAGUGCCAGGAGCAGAAGCUAAGGGAAGUCCCAGGACAUGAUCUCUACACAUCAGAUGCUCUACUAGCAGGCCAUGCUAAGAUCUGGUUUCUUGGGGACUGCUGUCAACUGUACUCUUAAUUUAGCCUGCACUAAUCUGAUGCUUACAGGUGAACACACAAGGUGCAGAUAUGUACUUGGUACCUAUCAUGAAAACACUGGAAAGAAACGAAUACUUUCAAGUUUACAGAAGGGAGUAAGGAAGAAAGAAGCAGAGAUGGUGAUUAUACAAAAGAUUACUAUAGACUGGAUAUCCCAGGCAUCCUCAGACAACCCCCCCCCACCGCUGUAACCCCCUCAAUCACCAGGAAGCCUUGUAAAAACAGACUGCAGAGCCAGCCUGUCUCUGAGUCAGUCAAUGUCGAAUUUGGAUUUCUCACAAGUUCCUGGAUAGUGUCUUUAUGCUGAUCUCCAGACCACACUUUGUGAGGCAGUAGGCUACCCCUGUGUGCUCUCCUCUUGCACUGGUACCAGAAGCAAUUGGUUUUGAUACUUAGGUUCCUGAGAGUGUUCUUGUUCAAUCUCUUGCAUAAGAUUUCCUCUCUGAUGAGAUGAGUCAGAUAUUCAUGUUUAACAGUGUUUUAGGGGAUUCACGAGAAGCCUAAACUCUCAGUUUUCAUUUCUAAAAAGGCUGGAAAGUAUUAUGAAAAAAUUUCAAAGGUCAGAGAGAGCCAUUUUGAGUCUUUUAUGUGACUAAGUAUAAAUCAGACUUCUCCUAUCUAUGGUCUCCCCUUUCCAAAAUAUAUCUUUUGUGGGGGCGUGACAGGAAGGAAAGUUAAAUAGAAUCUCAAAUUAGUAAUUUUAGAAAAGAAAAAAAUGUUAAAAUCUUACUAAAGAGCUGUGGGUAGUGGUACACACCUGUAAACCCAACACUCAGGAAACUGAGGCAGGAGGAUCACAGUGAGUCUGAAGUCAGUUUCACCUACAUAGCAAAACCCUGCCUUACCCUUCACUCUUUCCAUAAAACAGUCUUACUUGUAUAAAAUUAAUUUUUAAUGUAUAUCUGUAUACUGUGUGUGUGCAUGGUGCCCAGGGAGGCCAGAAGAAUAUGUUGGAUUUCCCUGGAACAGGUGGUUAUGAGCUGCCAUGUAGGUGCUGGGACUUAAACCUCUGUUCUCCAAAAAAGCAGCUAGUUAGUGCUCUUAACCACUGAGCCAUCUCUACAGCCCCAUUAAAUUGAAUUUUAUUAUUACUCAUUAUGGGAGAUGGGAUUAUGAUAACAAUUUUUUUAUAAUACUAAGGUGUUUAACUAUUUUACUCUCCCUUCACAGUGUAGAGUGGAAUUUUCUAGAAGGUACAUGCAUGAUAACCUCACUCUGGUGUUAACAUAUAUGGAUUUAUCUUGUUGUUUAUAAAAGAAUUAAUAAAUAAUAUUUUUAAACUUU